AUGUCGGUCUCGUCCUCCUCUAUGUGCGGCGGGGACGCCGGGAUGAAGUGCGUGGUCUGGUUCCGGAGGGACCUCAGGGUGGAGGACAACCCGGCGCUGGCGGCGGCGGCGCGCACCGCCGGGGAGGUGGUGCCGGCGUACGUGUGGUCGCCGGAGGAGGACGGCCCCUACUUCCCCGGCCGCGUGUCGCGGUGGUGGCUCAGCCAGAGCCUCAAGCACCUGGAGGCCUCGCUCCACCGCCUCGGCGCCGCCAAGCUCGUCACCCGGAGGUCGCCCGACUCCGUCGCCGCGCUGCUCCAGCUCGUCCGCGACACCGGCGCCACGCACCUCUUCUUCAACCAUCUCUACGACCCGAUCUCGCUGGUCAGGGACCACCGGCUCAAGGAGAUGCUGACGGCAGAGGGCAUCGUCGUGCAGUCUUUCAAUGCCGACCUGCUGUAUGAUCCAUGGGAGGUCAACGAUGAUAAAGGCCAACCGUUCAACAUGUUCAUGCCGUUCUGGAACAGGUGCCUCAGCAUGCCGUAUGAUCCCCCCGCGCCACUGCUGCCCCCUAAGAGAAUCAAUUCAGGUGACCUAUCGAUGUGCCCAUCAGACGAUCUGAUCUUCGAGGAUGAGUCAGAGAGGGGAAGCAAUGCGCUUCUGGCACGGGCAUGGUCACCAGGCUGGCAGAACGCAGAUAAGGCGCUCAGUGCCUUCCUGAACGGCCCUUUGAUCGACUACUCGGUGAACCGCAAGAAGGCGGACAGCGCAAACACCUCCCUCCUUUCACCUUACCUGCAUUUUGGUGAGCUGAGUGUGCGCAAGGUUUUCCACCUUGUUCGAAUGAAGCAACUCGUGUGGAGCAAUGAGGGCAACCAUGCAGCGGAGGAGAGCUGCACUCUAUUCCUCCGAUCGGUCGGCCUCCGGGAGUACUCGCGAUAUCUUUGCUUCAACCAUCCAUGCAGCCAUGAGAAGCCCCUCCUUGCACACCUCAGGUUCUUCCCUUGGGUGGUCGACGAAAGCACCUUCAAGUUUUGGCGCCAGGGACGGACUGGCUACCCUCUUGUUGAUGCUGGCAUGAGGGAGUUGUGGGCGACUGGGUGGCUGCAUGAUCGGAUACGUGUGGUGGUUUCAAGUUUUUUCGUCAAGGUCCUUCAACUACCAUGGCGAUGGGGGAUGAAGUAUUUUUGGGACACUUUACUGGAUGCUGAUCUUGAAAGUGAUGCGCUUGGUUGGCAGUACAUCUCUGGCUCUCUCCCUGAUAGCCGGGAGCUCGACCACAUUGACAACCCUCAGCUCGAAGGCUACAAGUUUGAUCCACAUGGGGAAUAUGUCCGACGGUGGCUUCCUGAACUUGCAAGGCUGCCAACAGAAUGGAUACACCACCCAUGGGAUGCGCCUGCGUCUGUGCUGCAAGCUGCAGGAGUUGAGUUAGGCUCCAACUAUCCUCUCCCCAUAGUUGAGCUAGAUACAGCGCAAGUCAGGCUGCAAGAAGCCCUGUCAGAAAUGUGGCAACUUGAGGCAGCAUCCAGGGCCGCAAUGGACACUGGAAUGGAGGAAGGCCUGGGCGACUCCUCAGAGGUGCCACCCAUCGAAUUUCCUCAAGAUUUGCAGAUGGAAGUCCACUGGGAACCAGCCCGGGUAGCACCCAAUGUGCUCACAACUGCACAGAGACGCCAGGAUCAGAUGGUGCCUACCAUGACAACUUCACUCAACAGGGUUGAAACAGAAAUUUCUGCUGAUUUGGGGAAUAGCGUGGAUAGUAGGGCAGAGGUGCCGUUCCGCAUGCAUUUUGAGCCACGGACUGAGAGGGAGGAAAUGAUUCGAAGCACGGGCAAUGCAGCUGGAACUAAUGGCAUUCACCAUCACAAUAACUUUCAGCAACCUCAGCACCGUAUGAGAAAUAUUUUUGCGCCAUCUGUUUCUGAAGCGUCAAGUAGCUGGACCGGGAGAGAUGGUGGCGUGGUCCCAGUUUGGUCACCUCCUGCAGCAUCAGGCCAUUCCGAAACUUAUGGAGCUGAUGAAGCUGAUGUUUCUAGUAGGAGUUAUUUGGAUAGGCAUCCUCAGUCACACCGGAUAAUGAACUGGCAUCAGCUAUCACAGUCAUUGACAACAGGCAGGGACGUGGAGAACUCCGUGCAGCCAAAUUUCAUCGGUUAG